AUGGCGGCUGAAAAGAAGAUCCAGGUGAUGUCUUAUUACCGUAUGAUAGACUCCAUUGAGUCACGAGCGGAAAAAUUGCUUUUAUUUGUGCGUUCUUUUGAUACCGAGAAGCAAGAAAGUUCACUUCUCGAAGACAAGCUUGAGUCGAUUGACCAGAUGCGUUCUUUAUUGCAUGAAACUGAGGUAAAAUUAUAUGGGGUAAUUAAGGAGGAUGAGGUUGGGUCCCUGCAGAUGACGAUUGAGAAGAUAGAAGAUUUGUUUGAUGACAUCCGUCACCGAGUUCGAAAGAUUAUCCGAGAAAUCGAUCCUCCCAAGCCGAUAAGUGCCCCAGCAGCGGUCAAUUCAACACAACACCCCCAUACAAAAUUGCCAGAUAUUCCUCUUCCCCGAUUCAAUGGCCAAUUGGAAGAAUGGCUGACAUUUAAAUCCCAAUUCAAUUCGUUGAUUAAGCGUCGUGAGAGUUUGUCAGAAAGUGAGAAGCUAUUUUACCUGAAGGCUGCCAUCCAAGAUGGUUCAGCCCGUCAUGUCCAGUCCUCCGAAGACAAUUUUUCAUCACUCUGGAAGGCAUUAUGUUCAGAGUUUGAAAAUAAGCGAUUGUUGGUAGAUAGGCAUAUUGCUCAGCUGUUUCAUUUGAAACCUUUAGUUCGCGAGUCUGGAUCCGCAUUACGAACUUUUCUGAGUGACGUUACUCGUAAUAUUAGAGCUUUGGCUAAUCUUGAGCUAAAAUUAGAACCUUUAUCUGAACAGUUCUUGGUUUUUCUGGUAUGCGCGCGAUUGGACACCCGCACCAGAAAGGAUUUCGAGCUUCAGUUUACUGAUCAUUCCUUGCCAUCUUGGGAGAAACUUCUCGAGUACCUACAGUCUAGAUGUAGAUGCCUAGAGAGCAUAGACCAGGAUAAACAAGAGGUUCAAAGCUCAAGCUUUCGAGGAAGAUUCGGGCACAAUGAGCGAAGUGGGUCACACUCAUCUAAGGUUUUAGCAAUCAAUACCGGCAGGUCAUAUGGUAACCCUGUUUGUUUUGCAUGUAAGGGGAAUCAUUAUUUGAGCAACUGCGAAGACUAUCUGAAGCUACAAUUACGCGAUCGUAUCUCGAAGGUGCGCAGUCUUGGAUUGUGCAUGAACUGUUUUAGUAACCGACACCAUGUUAGAGACUGCAAGGGGAGCUCCUGCAAGAAAUGUGGAGGCCGUCACCACACUACGUUGCAUGAAAACAAUGCUAACCAGCCAACUCAACCAACACCUACCCCGCGUAGGACCACUGAGAUGCCUACAACUUCCUCAAAUGCGCUAGUAGCUUCCGUUGCAUGUACUAAUUCGCAGCCAAAACAGUACAUUCUCUAUACCGCAGUUUGCAUGAUAGAAGACGAGUUUGGAAAUUUGAUCAGUUGUCGUGUUUUGCUCGACAGUGGGUCGAUGCAUAAUUUAAUAUCCACGCGUGUGGUAAACGCGUUGCUCUUGCGAAAGACGAAGGUGAACAUGUCCGUUGAAGGUAUUUCCGGUGCACCUAAGAUGAUUUCAAGUCAGGUCAGAGUAAAGAUCCAUUCCACCUACAAGUCAGACUUCACCUACAGCACAGAGUGUUUGGUCAUGAGCAAAAUUACAGGAAACUUGCCAAUCAAUUCGUUCAAUAUUGAUCCUGGGCAAAUUCCGUCAGAGAUAGUACUCGCAGAUCCGUGGUUUAGUCAAUCACGAAGAAUUGAUAUGCUUCUUGGAAUACAAGUGUUCCAUGAAAUGUUUACUGGGCAAACCCAUACCAUAAUUGAAAAUCCUCCUUGUUGGUGCGAAGAAACCGUCUUUGGUUGGGUAGUAGGUGGUGCUAUUGAAAGACCAGAAGUUGAUCGAACGAUCUCUAAUGUCUGUAAGAUCGUUACGAAUGAGGCGUUGAGCGAGCAAAUUAGCAGAUUUUGGGAAGCCGAGUCCAUUCAUGAGCCUCGAAUGUUGACUCACGACGAAAGAGCCGCAGAGCAAAGUUUUUCCGAUACUUGCUGCCGAUUGGAAAAUGGUCGCUAUGAAGUAGGUCUGCCAUUGAGACCCAGUAUAAAGGAAUUAGGUGACAGUCAAACGAUAGCUUUGCGUAGAUUUCUACAGACAGAAAAACGACUGAUUCACGACCAAGAUCUUUACGACCAGUACCGAGAAUUCAUGCAUGAUUAUGAAACCCAGGGCCAUAUGAUUAGGUGUGACACCAAUUGCUCAGAAGGAUAUUUUCUGCCACACCAUGCGGUGCUUAACUUGGCAAGCACCACGACGAAGACGCGUGUCGUUUUUGAUGCGUCUGCAGCAGCUUCGAGGGGAGGUUCCCUGAAUGAUCACCUUUACGUUGGCCCUACCAUUCAGCCCAAGCUCGCCGAAAUCGUGCUACGAUUUCGGGUGCCCAAGAUUGUAUUUACGGCAGAUAUUACGCAGAUGUUCAGGCAAAUUAGAAUCCGAGCAGAAGAUCAGAAGUACCAACAGAUAUUUUGGCGUCGCCAGCCGAACGAAUCUUUAGAGGUGUUCCACUUGACGACAGUAACGUAUGGGACAGCCUGUGCGCCUUUUCUGGCUACAAGAACGCUCGAGCAGCUUUGCACGGAUGAAAAAGAGCGUUUCCCCUUAGCGUCGAAGGCGGGAACCGAAGAUGUCUACAUGGAUGACAUCUUGAGUGGAGCGGACACGUUAGAAGAUGCCCUGAACCUGCAGACUCAAUUCGUCGAAAUGACCCAGGCCGGUGGGUUCAAUCUCCAUAAAUGGGCGUCGAAUCAUCCCGAAUUAAUGAGGCAAAUUGAUAAUACUGAGCAUGAAAGAGCGUUUUUCGAAGAUGAGAAAACCACAAGAACUUUGGGUUUAACCUGGCAACCCAGAAAGGACGUAUUUUUGACCAGAUUGCACGAAAUUGAAUUUCACCUGGGACAGACGACAAAAAGAACCAUUUAUUCUGACAUCGCCAAGCUUUACGACCCACUGGGACUGCUGGGUCCGUUGAUUUUCGCUGCGAAAGUACGAAUGCAGAAAAUAUGGCAACUGAACUUAGACUGGGAUGAAAUAUUGACACGAAACGACGCUGAAAUCUGGGAGGUUUUCCGCAACCAGUUGAAAGAGAUGGGUGAAAUAGUUGUUCCUCGUUGUGUUUUUCCCCAUUCGAAGCCGCAAUCUGUUGAAUUGCAUGGAUUUUGUGACGCCUCCAGUCUGGGAUAUGGAGCUUGCGUCUAUGUUAGAUCUUGUGAUAUGACCAACUGUAAAAUUUCCCUCCUUACCUCAAAAUCUCGAAUCGCACCCUUAAAGAACGCUAAACUCACGAUACCGCGAUUAGAGCUAAGCGGUGCGCUUGUACUUGCACGAUUGAUUUCCAAUAUAACGCACAACCUUAAGAUUUCAUUUUCCAGAAUCAUUCUCUGGUCCGAUUCCACCACAGCACUUUCCUGGAUCAAGACCGACCCUAGCCGACUCAAAACCUACGUAAGCAACCGAGUCAUCGAGAUACAAGAGUUGGCUAAAGGCAUUGAGUGGAGAUACGUGGGGACGCAUGACAAUCCAGCAGAUAUUAUAUCUCGAGGAUUGUUACCUUCCGAGAUACGAGAUUGCGAAAUCUGGUGGUCAGGCCCGAACUUUCUGUACCACGACGAAGAAGAUUGGCCUCAAAGAUUCCAGCACAUCCCGACCGAGCAACUUCCGGAAACGAAAAACCCAACCAUUAGCCUCACAGUUACUGACCCUCCUGCCAUGUUUUACCUGUUUGCGACGGAGAACAACUUUAGAAAAAUGCAACGAAUAAUGGGAUUAGUUCUACGAUACAUCGACCACAUACGACCCAAGAAAGACAGACAGCAUCGGUACGGCGUUCUACGUAUUCCAGAGCUACAACGAGCGACGGUUGCAUUGGCCAGUAUUGCGCAACAAGAGACAUUCCCCAAGGAAUUCAGCUGCCUCGACGCCGGAAAGGUAAUUCACAGUAAAAGUAAACUAAUCAGCUUAUCUGUGUUUUUAGAUCGAUCAGAAUAUGUUCUGCGAGUGGGGGGUCGGAUUCGUCACGCACAACUGCCCGAAAGUCAGAAGCAUCCUAUUAUUCUGCCAGCCACGCACUGUUUCACUCACGCCGUGAUUCGUGCGUAUCACGUUGAGAUGUUGCAUGCUGCUCAACAGCUUCUACUUUGCGGAUUACGCCAUCAAUUUUGGAUUCUGCAUGGCCGCAGUACGGUGCGAAGGGUUAUUCGCCGGUGUGUCACUUGCAUGAAAGCAAAACCGGUAGGAAUGCAGCAGAAAAUGGGUGACCUACCCUUUGCGCGAUUGGAAGGUGUGCAUGCAUUCUACAACACUGGGGUAGAUUUUGCCGGACCGAUCUACCUGCGACAGCAUAACAAGCGUGGGACUGUUUUGUACAAAGCAUAUGUGGCCGUCUUUGUAUGCUUUGCUACACGUGCGAUACAUCUAGAGCUAGUGGGCGAUUUGACAGCGGAUUCCUUCAUCGCCGCACUACACCGAUUUGUGUCCCGUCGGAGCAAGUGUGCCAGAUUGUUCUCCGACAACGGUCUCAACUUUGUGGGCAGCCGCUCAAAGUUACGAGAGAUGUACGACCUGUUUCAGUCCCAGCUCCUGAAAAAUAAAUUGAACGACUUUUGCUCCAAGUCAGCCAUCGAAUGGAACAUGAUCCCACCAAAUGCCCCACACUUUGGCGGGUUGUGGGAGGCCGGUGUGCGCUCUGCCAAGUACCACCUUAAGCGCAUCACUGGAACAGCGAAUAUGAACUUCGAAGAAUACACGACAGUGUUGGCCCGCAUCGAAGCGCUGCUCAACUCGCGGCCUAUCACUCCGCUGUCCGAGGACCCACGAGAUUUGCGACCUCUGACUCCUGGUCAUUUCUUGGUCGGCCGCCCUCUGACAGACAUCGCAGAACCGAGACUGGUCGAACGCAAGGAAUCAACACUAUCCCGCUGGCAACGUUAUUCGAAAAUGGUCCAACAUUUCUGGGAUCGUUGGUCUCAUGAUUACAUCACGACGCUACAGAACCGCAACAAGUGGCAUGUGCGGUACCCCGUGAAAGCUGGUCAACUGGUCAUCAUUCGAGAAGACAACGUGCCGACAACAGCGUGGCGCCUCGGCAGAAUUGAAACGGCUAUUCCUGGUCCCGAUGGUUUGGUGCGCGUCGCAGAUGUGCGUGUUGCUGAUGGGUCCAAAGGCACCAAGGUAUUCCGACGUCCGAUAGCCAAACUGUGCCUGCUGCCAAUCGAGGACAACGAGGUAGAACCUGAAUACGACUUCGAAGACGGCAACGAGAAUUCCGAAGAUAAAAAAAGCAGUGAAAAAGUAUUCCGGAUAGAUCCGACGAUAUCGGAUAGGUCGUUCUAUCGCCGCUCGGACACAAACCGGCAACGGUUGAUUCACAAAGCCAAGAUGAAAUCACUGCGGAUAUCGGUCGUCAUCGUGGUGGUGUUCAUCGUUUGCUGGACCCCGUACUACAUCAUGAUGCUGAUCUUCAUGUUUCUCAAUCCCUCCGAACGGAUGGGCGAAGAUCUCCAGGCGGGCAUCUUCUUCUUCGGCAGCUCCAACAGUCUGAUAAACCCGCUCAUCUACGGCGCCUUUCAUCUGAUUCCGAUCCGGAGGCGGAAUAAUCAGUACAAUCAACAUGUAAGGGAAGGAUCGGUGUAUUUUCAACGCUCUUCUACCUGCAACAAUCAGAAUGGCGCAACACCCCUCCAUCACUCGCAGCAGCAGAAACCACAAUAUUUGCAACAGCAGCACCACCACCAUUCGUCUCAGCAACGGCAACAGCUGCAGCGAAACAACUAUCUCUCGUCAACGGCCAGCGCUACGGCUGCAGCGGCCCAUAUCGCUCCACUAUCUGCCGACGCCAUUGCAUCGAACGUCAACAUCAUCAACAACAACAGCACCACCAGCAGCAGCGGCAACAACAACAACAAUAGACAGCAAUACUCGCGCUCUCAUUCGCGAUCCCACUCCCGAUCGCAUUCGUACUCGCGCUCGCAAUCACACUCGCAGUCGCACUCCUGUUCGUAUCACGAUUCACAUUCGCAUCACGAUUCCUACUCCGGACAACCGGACAACGGCCAAUCCCGAUCGCCGUCCAAUCUGGCCGAGGAAAUCUCUCUGAUGGCACUGGAGCGGGAUCUGAAGACGCUGGACGAAAGUGCCAACCAGAUUCAUCUUCGAAGCACCAAUGGGUCCCUGGCCAGCAAGCGAAGCCUGACGAGGAAAUUUUUCACGCUGACGCUGCUCCUGAGGCGAACGAGACCGACAAAGCUGUAAAGCGUGGGGGGAAUAUACGGCCCCCACGAGAUAAUGCUGUGCUGGCUCCAGAAAGCAAGAUUUAGAUAUAAGCGCCAUUGUAAAUAGAUUCAAACAUGCAUUUAGCGCCAGAAAGCAAGCAACAAAACAGACAGGACAUAAUCGUAUCGCGCGAACAGGGUUUCCAGGGGGAUGCCACCCAGAACUACCGUUUCUUGUACUUGAAUCUUUCGUUGGUUUUUUUUUCUGUGAAAUAUAAACAGUAAACGGAAAUUGUCGAAUCCUUAGUUUAUAGUUUUUUACCGAAUUUUCAGCAUGCGUAUACGUUAAUAAGAUCCGAGAGACUGUAUUUAUAAAAAAUAGCAAUCGUAUGUGCGUCAAAGAAGUUUUACCGCAAUAUUUACCGAAAAAUGUUUAAAAGGUUCGGUAAUUUGACUAAUUAUUCGAUAAUUUUUACUGACAGUUCGGUUAUUUUAACCGAAUAACUGAAUGAAUACUUUCACCGUACUAUCGGUAAUUUUUACCGAACAAACUGUGAAAGUUCGUUAAAAAACAUGGUCGGUAAAAUAAAUUACUGAAAUCGUAGUUUCCCGGUGAGUGUGUUUUUGAAAACGUUGCCAACUUUCGAGAAUUCUCAUUGAUUGAAGUAAACCACAAAAGUAAUACAGACCCCUUUCGUUUUUCGCAACAUUCGUGCUGAUCCGUUCGAUUUUUUUUUGUUUCACUGUACUGUCAGAUACUUUAAUGGUUUUUGUUGUAAAAAUGUAUUUUUAAACUUUUUUUUUUCAAAUCUCUCCAUUAGAGUUUCAAUAAAACAAACUAUUUCUUCAAUUAAAAAAAAGUUGUUUUAAAACCCCUUAUGGAUUUUUUUUCGGUAAAUAGUGAGUCCGGUAGAUGAGAGUCUCCUCUAUAAAUUUUCAGAAAUAUUGAUUUAAAAAAAAGGACGGAAAAAAUUAACACCUAUGAAUAUCAAAAGCACAUGAAAUAUAUAAAAAAAACUGCCAUAAAAGGUUAUUAUUUUGCAGUUAGACAAAUCUGGUAACUCUAUAAAUUGCAAGUGGAAAAAAACGAUGAAACAAACUCAAACAAAUGGCAAAACGCACUGUUCUUUAAACGAAAAAAGGCAAUAAAUUUUCAACGGACGAGCUCUACAUCUCGAACAUCUUAGCAUUAGCAAAACCGCUCUUAUGAUUUGCAUCUGAAGAAAAAUCUACUUAAGCUGGAACUGAAAUUGAAAAAUGAUUCGGAAAAUGUGCGUUUGUUGAUUGAAAACGGGAAUCAAAAGCUCAGACAACUUUUCCAUUUGAUGAAUUACAUUCACUCCUAGUUUUCUGGCAGACGCAAUAAUUCUUGGCUGGACAUCCUUUUCGAUGAAUAAUCAGUUGAUUUAUUUGAUCAGAAUUUAGAAAAUAAAAAAACCUUAAUAGUUUGAAUCUCAAUUUUGAAGCCAAAUUCGAAAUGUGAACAAAACUUCUUGUUGAAAUUUUAAUCCAAAAUCAGAAUCUGAAAUUCGAAUCUAAGUUCUGAAUCUGAAAAUACAAUUUUAAGUCUGAAUCUGAAGUUUGUUAACUGAAUCAAAAAUCUAUAAUCUACUAUCUGAAUCGGAACCCUGAAUAAGAAUAUAAAAUCCCAAUUAGAAAUUUCCAUCUUUCUCUCAUUUCUGAAUCUGAAGCCUAACAUUCGACAUCUAUAUCUGAAAUUCAUUAACAAUUAGUUUUCACCCUCAUAUCUGAAAUUUGAAUUUGACCUCUGAAUCUGAUUCUGAUUGUCUGAUUCUAAAACCUUGAUCUCGAAUCUUAAUCUAAAAUUGAAAUCUGAAUCUAAAUAUAAAUCUGAAGCUUAAUCUAUAUCUGAAUCUUUAACCGGAAUUGUCAUCUGAGUUUUGAAUCUAUUCCAUUCUAUUUUGAUUCUUUAUGGAGAAUUGAAAUCUUAAAUCAAAAACCCAAAUCUGCUCUCAAUCUGAAAUCUUAAAUCUGAAUCUGAAAUCUAUUUUUAAGGUGAGUUAACUGCCGUUUAUAUUGAUUUUAUAAAUUUUUUUUUUCGGCAUAUCGGUGAAAAUGUAUAUUCUGGAUGAAAGAAUAUCAGAAUUGAAAAUUGAUAAGAUGGAUAGAAAAGUUAGGUAAUUUUUUUAAACAGAUGUUUAAAAGAGCCAAAGAGCAUUUUUGCGUCCUACUUCUACAAAAUAAUGAAAUGUUGCGGGGUAAAGUAUGAUGUACGUUAAUAAGCUUUCCUCACAAAAAUGCUCUUUCGCUCUUUUCAACACCUGUGAAAUUUUCUCCUAACUUUUCUAUCCAUCAUAUUAAUUUUCAAUUCUGAUAUUACUUCUCCAAGAAUAUACAUUUUCA